CUUUACACCAAUUACGUUGCGCACAUGUCAAAUUUAACCUAGAAAUUUAAAAAAUGUAUGAAAUGUAUACAUGAUUUUGUUUAUAUUAAAAAAAGAAAACUUAAAACAUAAUUAAUAAUGAUGCAAUUGUUUAGAAGACUUAGACCAUUGAAAAUUGUGAUUCCAGUUAGAUUUAAAGGACACAGUAAAGAUCACUGGUCGAGAAGAGACAAUAAAUUAGGAACACUUAAAGCUAUAAAACAUUUUGACGAUUUCUAUAAAACUGUAUACGGAAAAUCGUGGGAUGACAUCAGGAAGGCUCUUUUAGAGGAAAGAAGUAAAUAUAUCGCAGUGAUUAAUAAUUUUAGUGACAACGAGAGAACAUGCACGGAAUUGGAGGCCAUAGGCGCAAUUGAUAUGAGGGCAAUAUAUAAUGUACAAAAGGAAAUUCUAUCCGAAACGGAAACGCGAAAGUCAAAAAAAAGAACAGAAGAAUUGAAUAAAAAGAAAAUGCAACGAGAAAUGGAUUCUUUUAUUUCUCAACAACAAUUAUCGGAAUUGGAAUCAAUUUAUCCAGGUGAAACACCAGAGGGUCAACAUUCUUUGAGUGACUUGAUGGAGGAUGAAAAAUUUCAUAUUAAAGAGGAAGAAGGACUGAAACCCAUUUCAUUAAAGUCUAUCAGUGCAGAUGCUGAAAUUGAAUACGAUACAAGUCGUAUUAUAUCAGCGUCAAGUGGUUUAUCCGUUUCAUCAUUACAGGAAUUUGUUCCUGCUACAAAAUUGAAAGGAUUGGACGAUUGGGUUUUGGAAUCUGAUCAUUACAAUUAUUAUACAAAAGGCGCAGAUUUCACUAUAAAAGUCGAGGACGAUGAUUCCUUCUCAAUUCCAAAGCAUUUGAAAUUAUAUACUUUUGAACCUGAUAACUAUAAUCGAUUUAGAACGUCAAAACGAGGGACAACCGGUGUAUUAGAUUACUAUUUAAUGGACGGAGGAUCUAUAUUACCAGUUCUCGCUCUGGACCUUCAGUUGGGUGACAAUUUUCUCGAUAUGUGUGCAGCUCCAGGUGGAAAAUCACUUGCGGCUAUUCAAACUCUUUUACCUGCGACAAUUGUCUCAAAUGACAAAAUUGAAUCACGGGUAAAAAAAAUUAAGCAAGUAAUGGGAACUUAUAUUUCGAAUAUUAGUCAAUGGGAUAAAAAGAUAUUAAUUACCACAAGAGACGCGAGAGUAAUUGAUGACUAUGAAGUAUUUAACAAAAUAUUGGUCGAUGUUCCAUGUACAAAUGACAGACAUUCUUUGCACGUUGACGAAGGUAAUUGGUUCAGGCCUGAAUACAUCAAAGAAAGAUUGAGACUACCAGAAUUACAAAGUGAAAUUUUAGUGAACGCUUUAAAGCUAAUAGCACCAGGAGGUACAGUGGUUUAUGCAACGUGUUCAUUGAGUCCAAUACAAAAUGAAGGAGUCGUCCAAAUGUCAUUGAAAAAAGCAUUCGAGGAGGCGAAUGUACUCGCAGUUGUAAAAGAUCUAUCCGAAGGACUGAAGCCAUUUAAGUAUCUUUAUAAUUUCGGCAAGGGGAAAUUGAAGUACGGUCACAUUGUAAUUCCAACAAUGGGAAACAAUUGGGGACCAAUGUAUUUUUGUAAAAUGACACGUAUUCAAUGAAUCACGAUCAUCUUAUUCAAUUUGGCUACAGUUAAUCCUAUGAAUUUUUUGAUCCGUUGCUUCUUCGAUAUCAACAUUCAAUUCAUCAACUUUGUUCCACGGUUGCUCUUCACCAGUUCCAAACAUCGUGUAAACCAACAUUUCGACUAUGUAAAAUAUCACUGUGAUGAAGAAAACAACACGCCAUGCUUCGACUGUUUCCUGUAAAUAAACGAAAGGUUUUUAUACGUACUUUUUACAAUUCUUCAAUGUCUACUAAUUAUUUUAAACUCAAUUAUUGUUAAAGUAAAAGUAUUUAAAAAUAUAAUUGAAACAAAAAUGUUAAA